AUGCACAGCUUGCCCGAGUUUCGCUCGCUGAAGGCCAAGAUCCGCGUGUUGUGUAAGCAGCGCCGCAUCCGGCUGGAAGAGUUCAUGAAGACAUUCGACACUCAUCGCGUUAAAAAGAUCCGGACGGAGCAAUUUAAACGCGCUCUUGACGUCAGUGGACUCCAUUUGUCGACUACGGAGAUGAACCUACUGCUGGCCAAGUACCGCAUCGCUGAAGACCCGUCUUUCGUGGACUAUGGACGCUUCUGCGACUUAAUGGACAAGGUGUUUACCGUCAAAGGACUCGAAGCCAAGCGCACGUGGCAGGUCGGUGUUUCAACCGACUUUGAGCCACUCAAGACGUUCGCUUUCGAGACAUUAACACCCGCUGAAGACAAGACACUGGCCGUCGUCAAGCAGAAACUCUUAGCUGCUGUGAUGCACAAAGGUAUCGUGUUAAAGGACGUCUUCCACGACUUCGAUCGAAGCAACGCUGGCAAAGUGACUCGACCGCAGUUCGUUCGAGAUAUCUCGGACAUCGUCGUGCUCUCUUCCGACGAGAUGGAUGUGCUCUUAAAGGCGUAUGGAGACAAACUGGACGUGCAUUACCGCGCUCUGCACUUCGACAUUUGCCCAGGUGCGUCUGGCGCUGGCACCAAAGCAGCGCAGCCGCGAUCACCCGAGAGACGCCACUUGGCGACGCCGUCAGGAACACAUCACUCGGAUGCAGUCCAGCAACUCGAGGCCGAGUUGUCGGAGCUCGCCAUGAGAGAUCGAAUUCGUUUAAAAAACUUUUUCACGGACUUCGAUCAGCUGCGUACAAGCAAGUGCACGGAGGCGCAAUUCCGACGUUGUGUGAAAUUGUGCUUCCCAAUUGUAAGUGACAGCGACUUGACGUUGCUAGUGCAAAAGUACGGGACCUUGCAGUCAACCAAAGUGGAUUAUAUUCGUUUUUGCAGUUCUGUUGAUGGCAGAGGAAUUCAAGAUAACAAUUACGAGGAAAUUCUUGAGACAAUCACGAAAAACACAACACACACGAGUAUCGACAAAUGUUCGCGUGUAAUGCGAGGCUCUUUGACUGAUAACGAUGCCACAGUUCAUCAGGGAAUGAUGCAACGUCUUCACAACUUUUGCUCCACCCGACGAAUGUUACUUAAGCCAACUUUCCAAGACUUUGAUAAAGGUAGACGCGAACAUAUCACAGUGGACCAGUUCUUCCGUGUCAUGGCCAUGUUUAAGCUCAAGUUGAAGGGAGAGAGCGAAAAGAAAGCGUUGUUGCGACGAUACGCGAGUUCUCAUGGCGAACGGUUCGUUAACUACGUCACUUUUUGCUACGAUCUUGAGAACUGGGGCAAUGACAACCAACACUCGAAUAAUCGUCCGUCCUCCCGAGGUGUUGUGUCCGAGAUCAUAGCACCUUCUAAGCUCCGUACAGACACUUUUGAAGACACUGCGGCGGAGACGCACGUGCGCUCAAUUCCGAUGUUAAUUCGCUACAUCAAGCAGACAAUCAAGCGCGAUCGUAUUCGUCUUGAAGAGUAUUACCGAGACUUUGACAAACUACGUCAUGGGAAGAUCACUGCGGCACAAUUCUAUGCAGGAUUAGAUGCUGCAGGUUUUCUCUUGUCUCGUGAAGAGAUGACACUGCUAGGAGAGGAAUAUGCAUGCAAAGAGGUCGAUAGUAUGGGGAAACACUGGAUCGCGUGGAAGACUUUCGUGGAUGACGUGGAGAGUGUGUUUACUGUCAAGGGAUUGGAGAAAAAUCCGCAUCAUGAUCUGAAAACGUUGCAGACUCGUGAAGGCCAAUUUGGCGGCGUUGUUAUUGACAAAGAUCUUACGCCAGCAGAAGAGGAAGAGAUGAAGCAGAUUAUGCUCACUAUGAAGCGCGCGAUCGACCGCCAGCGCAUGGAGAUCAAGCCGACAUUUGAGGACUUUGACCGCUCCAAGCAAGGUUUCAUCUCUGCUACGAAAUUUGAGCGUGUAUUGUCAAUGUUAACUUUGUUGCCAGCCAAAGCGUCAGAUUUGCGACUUUUGCUUAUAAAAUUUCGAGAGCAAGCGGCAAUUGGCACGAGUGCAACUCUGAGCUCCAUUUGCGAUGUCAAUUAUCGAGCUUUCCUCCUUGCGCUUCAGAUCCUCGGAGCGUACACGAAAAAUGGCGAUAGUGAAGCCAUCAAGAAUUUGGUGUUGCCUGGCAGUGUUGCAUUCCGACAGGAACAGUAUCAGAAUGGCAUCAUGAAUGAUCACUUCAAGCGCAAAGCUCGUGACCAUCAUUCUGGUACUGCCAAUUUACCGCAACUAUUGGCGGAGUUGCGUCGUCAGUUGAGCGUCAAGCGUAUUCGCUUGAAAGAAUUUAUUGUUGAAGGCGAUAAACUGCGAUCCGGAGAGAUCACAGUGGCAAAGUUCCACACGGCACUCAACCGCAGUGGCUGCGUACUUGACGCAGACGACAUUCAGACGUUGAGUUCGCACUUCCGUUCGACUAAAAAUCCGGACAAGAUCGACUGGAGAAGCUUCUUGGGGGCUCUGGACUUUUCCCACGGCAUGAACUCGUGGCAGCAAAGUGGCGGGACCGACUCUAUCAACCGCAUCCUUGAGAAACUGCGCAAUGAAGUGAACCACCGUCGUCUACACAUGAAACCUUACUUCCAGGACUACGACCACAACAAUGUUACACAUGUGACAAAGUUCCAAUUCGCUGCGGUGUUGGACAUGAUGCAAGUGUCCCUGAAGCCUGCAGAGGUUCAAGCACUCACGCACCAGUUUGCACACCGCGACGGUCGCAAGCUCACCAACGACGUCAACUACCUUGCCUUCAUCCAAGCCGUCGACUCAGAUUACUCCUAA